AUGUCACGACCUGAAGUUGUUUGGCAAAUAUCAUGGCAGCUACUUCCAGAAGAUUUCCUUUGUGAAGAAGGAAGAUUACUGGAUAACCCAGAUGCAGAUCUAACAAAUGAUGAAUUGAAAAAUCGCUGCUUGCAAAAGUUGGACAAGAUUUUAAGAAGUUGUGAAAAAAGUUUUAACGGAUUUCCAACAAUGCCAAAAUCAUGUUAUGGUCAUGAAGAAGUUGAUCAUACCAAUACACUCAUCAAUGAGGAAUUGCGCUAUAAUAGACGCAAUUUGGCACAAGAACAUCAACAAUUGUUAAUGCAAUUAACAGUUGAGCAGAAGUAUGCAUAUGAUAAAAUCAUGACUGCAAUGACCGAAGAUAAAAGGAGAUUAUUAUUUUUAUAUGGUCACGGAGGAACAGGCAAAACUUUUCUCUGGAAAACAUUGUCUGCUGGCAUACGCUCUAAAGGUGAUAUAGUACUAAAUGUUGCAUCAUGUGGUAUUGCAUCUCUGUUGUUACCAGGAGAACGGACAUUUCAUUCGAGAUUUGCGAUUCCUCUAAAUAUAACUAAAGAUUCAACAUGCAACAUUAAGCAAGGAAGUCCAUUAGCUAAGUUGAUGGUUAAGGCAAAGUUUAUCAUUUGGGAUGAGGCACCAAUGAUGCAUAGGUACUAUUUUGAAGCUCUUGAUCAAACUUUAAGAGAUAUUCUAAGAUUUAAAGAUCCAUCAAAUUUAGAUCGGCCAUUUGAAGGAAAGACGAUUUUUUUGGAGGAGAUUUUAAACAAAUCUUGCCGGUAG